GAGAGAGGAGGGGGCUGAGCUAGAAUAGGACACAGUCUACCAGCUUCAUUACUGCAGCCUGGGCUCUUUCCUUGGAUAUGACAGUCAGCUUGUGAUUUGGAGGAAUCCACAGUCACUUUACUCUUACUGAUCUUCUACUUUCUUCUUUGCCAUCGGAUCUUCUCCCCAAGUCUGCACUCAUGUUAGUCCACGCUUACUCAGCCAUGGAUCGCUCUGAUGCCCUGAACGGAGCUUCCAGCGGUGGUCGAUUGUCCCAGCUUUCUUCUCUGAACCAAGGGGCUUAUUCCUCUGCUCCCCCACUCUGUCACACCCCAGUAUCUGACUUUCAGCCCCCAUACUUUCCUCCCCCCUACCACCAGCCAACUUUAUCCUACUCACAGAGCCAAGAAUCUGGAUACCCUCACCUGGGAGACCCAUACUCUGGCAUCAACCCCAUCCACCAGCACCAGCAGUCGGCAUGGCACACACAAAGGGGGCGACAGGACGAUGCUGGUCUGCUCUCUCAGGCUCACAGGGGGCUCAGCCUGGACCCUCGGAGGGACUAUGGGGGAGUACCACGUCUGAUACAUACUCUGGGAGAUGGUGGCCACAGCCUGGCAGAGAGUGCCCUAUCCCUACACGCACUGUCACACCACAGUUUGGAGGAUAUGCAGAUGGAUGACUCUGGAAUCAGUUUGCUGGACCAGUCAGUGAUAAAGAAAGUUCCAAAUGCGUCCAAGAACAAUGGCAGCAUGAUGUCCUCCCUAUCUCUACAUAAAGAAAGCCUCAUAGGUGGUGUGACCAAUCCAAACGAAGUUUUCUGUUCUGUCCCUGGGCGCCUAUCACUACUCAGUUCCACAUCGAAGUACAAAGUGACAGUGGGAGAGGUCCAGAGACGGUUGUCUCCUCCUGAGUGUCUCAACGCAUCCCUGCUUGGAGGAGUUUUACGGAGGGCAAAAUCAAAAAAUGGUGGUCGCUGCCUUCGAGAAAGGCUGGAAAAAAUUGGUUUGAAUUUGCCUGCAGGAAGACGUAAAGCUGCCAAUGUUACUCUGUUAACAUCAUUAGUGGAAGGGGAGGCUGUGCAUCUUGCUAGAGACUUCGGCUAUGUCUGUGAGACAGAGUUCCCAGCUAAAGCUGCAGCAGAAUACCUGUGUCGGCAACACUCAGACCCAACAGAGCUCCACACAAGAAAGAAUAUGCUGCUGGCUACCAAGCAAAUUUGCAAAGAGUUUGCUGACUUGAUGGCUCAAGACCGUUCUCCAUUGGGAAACAGCCGUCCAUCUCUUAUUUUGGAGCCAGGUGUACAGAGCUGCCUGACUCACUUCAGCCUAAUCACACAUGGCUUUGGAGGUCCAGCCAUAUGUGCAGCACUUACUGCUUUCCAGAACUACCUACUUGAGUCACUUAAAGGCAUGGACAAGAUCUUCAUGAACAGCACAGGGAAUGGACAUUCAACGGGGGAAUCUAAAUCUUCGGAGAAAGACAUUAAACAUAGGAAAUGAAUAUAUGUGACAGCCACAGUGGGGCCUGGAAUGAAACGAUGACUGCUAGACAGCCAAGACAGGUUUGCCCAGUGGUGCACCUGGGAGCUAGACCAACAAUUCUGCAUGUUUUCAGCAUAUGGAGUUUCACAUAAAAAACUCUAAGCCUACUGAGGAGGGUUGAUGGGAAGACGAUGACAGAAUCUCACUAAAGUGAAUUAAAUAUCAGCUUUGUUUGCCAGGAACACAGACUACUAUACAGUUACCAGACUCAUUGCAACACUCUUGCACAGUAUGUAUGAAUAUGCUCGAUCACAAAAAAAAAAUGGAUUCUCUGUUACAUAGGAAGCAGUUAUUGCAAGGAUCACACACCUCAAUCAUAUGCCUUUGCUUGAUCUUCAGUUGUACAACCAAAUGUUGACAUAUGUUUUACUUUAGCUGAGAUAUUCAGAUUUAACACAAAAUUGUAUCUAUGAAGAAAGUGGAGAACGUUUAUGACAAUCUACAGUCAGAGUUCUUAAACUCUAGCAAACUUUUUUUUUCAGGUGUAAGCUAUAGCAUAAAGGCAGCUACUUGUGUUAUAAUUCGGUAUGGAAAGAGUGAGGUUCCUGAACACAUACUGUAUGCUUUAGGUUUGCUGUGUCAGACACAAGCAUGGGAGUAGUUCAUACAUCCAAUACAGCAAUGCAGUAACUUUCUAAGCUGUGGUCUUUAAAGAGUCUGUACACUUGAUCUACAGUUUUUGUUCUGCAGAGACUCAGGCCUCGUACACACGGCCGAGAAACUCGACGGGCAAAACACAUCGUUUUGCUCGUCGAGUU